AUGGGCCAACCAGCAGCGACAGAUUUCAUCACUCCCGAUGCAUUCCACGAGUCGGAACAGUUUCCUCUUAUUUUAUCCCGAAUUCGAAAGAUCCAGAAUGUGAGUUCAUUAUCAUCGCCUCAGGCAGGCAGAAUCUCCUAUUGGCGGGCGCCGACAUAUACUGUAAUCUGCUCACACGCUAUGCAAGUGAAUGUGGCUGCGCUUGUGGCUCUUCCUGCCAGUGUCCCUCUGGGCAAUGCAGUUGCAAAUAAACAUGCCCUUGUAAUGCCCAGCCAGGCAUAUCUUCCUCCUUCGUUCGAUUCCAGAUUCCCUGAUUGA